UACGUUCAUAUGUUAUUUUUCUCUCACCAGAAUGUGGGAACUUUUCUCUUGAACGUUAUGAACGAUGCAAACUGCAAUGUGUGCAUAAUGGCUGAAGCACUGGAUGCGAUCAUGGAUGUAUUUGCCGAAGACAAUACUGAUGGAGUUCUAAAAUCUCUGAGACUUGUUCCUCAAGUAGCAGCUGCUACACCAAAAUUUUAUAAAAAGGCUCGAAAAGAAAAACGAAAUCUUGGAGAAUACAAAGCAUUAAUAUCAACUGUUCGAGUCAACCUACCCCAAUUUGUGUCAUACAAAAACAAAAGACUUGAGAGUUAAUGAGCUUCUGGGAGUUCAAUGGAAAACAGGAUUAAUUUAUUAUAGAAUCCAUUAAGGGAUUUUCAUCCCUUUGCAUUUCAUUUUUUUCAAUUCGCGUAGUUUCCUUGGUGCUUUGGAAUCAAUAACUUUUCCUGUUCAUUGUAAUAAUAAUUUUUCCCCUUUCUCUAAUAAUGCCUUGCUGUUCCUUAGACACAUCGAUGAGGACGAAGAAAGUACCGAACUUAACCAGAAAACUUUGAAAGCUCAAAGACAAAUUAAUGUUGGAACACCACGACAAAUGUGUCCUUCGCUCCCAGCCCAAUUGAAAAUUUUAGCAAUAACGACACUAUAAUGCAUGGCUAUGUAAUAUAUGGCUAAAAUCUAUGAAUAAAACAAUUCAUCCUUCUUCUAAGAACUGCCUUCAAGCAAAUCAGAGUGUUCAAUAGAUUUUUCCUGUACAUUAUUUAGCGUACUUUUGAUUCUGUUUCCUUCAUUCAAUCAUGUUUUAGUUUGAAGUAAUGAUAUUUUAUUUGAACUAUGAUUUAAGGUUUUUAUGUUUUCGAAUUAGUAAUAGUGUUUUAAAUUGAGCAAUUAAUAAAUAAAACUAUUUAUCACCAUAA